AUGGCGGUGAACACUGGGCAGCUCUCUGCCGAAGGCCUAACGCAGCACUCCGUUGUGACCUCCUGCGGUUCGUUCAUACACUGUCACUUUCGCCCACCAGUCCCACUGGCAUCGCAGGCUUCACCUCGCCCGGUGCUGGUGCUCCUACAUGGAUACCCACAGACAAGCUUCAUGUGGCGUCAUCUGAUUGAAAUACUGCCCAGCGACAUUCCGCUCUUCAUGCCAGAUCUCCCUGGCUACGGCCGAAGCACACCGUCUAGGACCGGCCAUGACAAGCGUACGGUUGGACUGGCCGUCCUGGAAGCUCUUGACACCCUCCUGGGACAAGGAUCGGGACCCAGGCUCCCACAUCCCAUCGUCCUCGGCGGGCACGACCGCGGCGCCCGAGUCUGUCACCGCCUCGCUGUCGACUUCUCCAACCUGAAGCUGUCCUUGGAUCCUAGACUAGCAAAUCUGGUCUCUCAGAAAUUUAGCCUCGAGGGUACACUACUCUUCGACAUCCUACCGACUGUCGAGCAAUGGCAUAGUUUCGCGAAACCCACUACGGCUGCGGGAAGCUACCACUGGUCCUUCCUAGCAAACAUGCCGCUAGCGUUCGACAUGAUCAAGGCGUACGGGCCAGCAAAGUACUGCAAGGACUUGAUCGCGCGCUGGCAGGGGGAGAGUCCUGCGGGUUUGCACUCUGAUGACGCCGUUGCUGUAUACACCGCUGCCUUCGAGAACGAUGACGUUGUCCGGGCGACUUGCGAGGACUAUGUCGCUGGCGCCGGCGUGGAUGUUGAGGAGCAGGAGAAAGAUCAGGAGGCGGGAAGGAAGAUGGACGGGAAUGUGCUGGUGGUGUACUCUGAGAGAUUUCUUGGGAAGGGCGGUAAGGUCGAUGUUGAAGGAAUCUGGAGCGACUGGGUCAAAGAAGGCACGCAUUUGGCGGUGGAACCUAUCAAAGGUCAUGCCGGACAUUUCAUUGCGGAGGAGGCGCCGGCAGAAGUGGCUGAGAUUAUGAUGAGGGUCCUAGGGAGUUGUUUGAGUAAAAUCUAG